AUAGAGCGAUAUGUCUACAAGGGAAGAUGAGAAGCUCCCAAUCCUCUUAGUAGCAUUAUGCUGAGCCUUGUGACAUGCGGCGUGAGCCAUUACAGCUCCCCAAAAAACACAGUCAGCGACUCUCCGCGGAUGAGGUAACCGUCAAGUGAAGCCGGUUCGGGGGCAGAGGAGCCGAGCAGCUGGCGGCACAGGUUGCUUCAGGAUGAAAGACAUUGGACACUUGCAUGUGUGUCUUCCCACCACAUAGCGGCAAUUAGCAAUGCAUUGGACCUAAAUUCCUGUUUGCACCAUGAGGACGAUAAACGUUCGCCCUCGUCAGAGGAGACUCAGGUGCAGUCGUCUCCUCUUCUUCAUCUCAGGUGUGCUUUUGUGCUUCUUCUACUCUGUGAUGCUGAGAGCCAAGUUGUCGGAGCUCUCCACCCAAGAAGGAGGUGGUGAUGGCAUUUUACAGGUCAAGACUCGUGAGGUAAUUGCUCCCAAUAUGACACAGGAAGUGGUCAAGGCGUCGGGAAGCACCCAAUCCUCUGUAGUUAUCAUCGUCAAUCGGACGGAUAUGGAACAGUGCAUCUAUGUUGAACCCCAACCUCCUCCGACCACCACACCCCCACCACGUCCUCCACUCCGGCCACCUCACAGGAAGGGCGAAUACCCAGAGGACAUCUUCUCAGUGGAGCAGCGACGCCAAGGCUGGGUGGUCCUGCACGCCUUCGGGAUGAUUUACAUGUUUGUGGCCCUUGCUAUCGUCUGUGAUGAGUUCUUCGUUCCGGCCUUGGAGGUCAUCACACACAAGCUGGACAUCUCCGAUGACGUGGCCGGUGCCACCUUCAUGGCUUCCGGCGGCUCAGCUCCAGAGCUUUUCACCUCCCUCAUUGGCGUCUUUGUCUCCCACAGCAAUGUAGGCAUCGGCACCAUCAUAGGCUCGGCCGUCUUCAACAUCCUCUUCGUGAUAGGCAUGUGCGCCAUUUUCUCACGCGAGGUGUUGCACCUGACCUGGUGGCCGCUCUUCCGGGACGUGUCCUUCUACAUCCUGGACCUCGUCAUGCUCAUCGUCUUCUUCCUAGACAACAUGAUCCUGUGGUGGGAGAGCCUCAUUCUGGUGCUGGGCUACAUCAGCUACGUGUGCUUCAUGAAGUUCAACAGUCCCAUCGAGCAGGUGGUCAAGACGCAGCUCAACAAGCACAUGAGCAUCGUCCAAGCGUGGACCACCCAGGAGCCUGAUAAGGAGAGUCAACCAACAACGCCUCCACCUCGCCCUGCUGCUAUUGCUGUGACAAACAAUGAGGAUAAAUCUAAACCGCAGUCAGAGGCACCUCAGAGCCCCGCAGCAAGCAAGCCACCAGAUCGACAAGAGGAGAAGGACAGAAAACUUAGGGUGCGUCCUGUUCUGCAGCGAGGUGGGAGCUCUGCCUCGCUCCACAACACAUCGCUGAGGAGCACCAUCUUCCAGCUGAUGAUCCACACACUGGACCCUCUGGGGGAAGAUGAUGAUCGCAAGCCAAAAUCUGAGCAGUCUUCGGCGAGUGGAUCCAACAACGCCACAGCCAAGCAGUCUGCCUCCCAGCCUUCAGCCGAGGAGAUCAAGAGCUUGGACAACAACCAUGACGGCUCGAAGAGCUCUGGUGGCAGCGGUGACGAUGACAGCGGUGACGAUGACAGCGGGGACGAUGACAGCGGGGACGAUGACAGCGGCGACUCCAGUGAAAGUGAGGAUGACGAUGGAGACAAGGAGGACGAGGAGAAUGAGCCCUUGUCUUUAGAUUGGCCGGGAACCAGACGCAAGCAGGCCACUUACCUCUUCCUGUUACCCAUUGUGUUCCCGUUGUGGCUCACGCUGCCCGACGUCCGCAACCCGGCAUCCAAGAAGUACUUUGCCCUCACGUUUAUUGGCUCGGUCCUGUGGAUUGCAGUUUUCUCCUACCUGAUGGUGUGGUGGGCUCAUCAGGUGGGUGAGACGAUGGGUAUCUCCGAGGAAAUCAUGGGUCUCACCAUCCUGGCGGCUGGGACGUCCAUCCCCGACCUCAUCACCAGCGUUAUUGUGGCCCGCAAGGGUUUGGGGGACAUGGCUGUGUCCAGCUCGGUGGGCAGUAACAUCUUUGACAUCACUGUAGGUCUGCCAGUCCCGUGGCUCUUGUACUCGCUGUUGCACAACGGCGAUGCCGUGAUCGUCAGCUCCAACGGCCUGUUCUGUGCCAUCGUGCUGCUCUUCCUCAUGCUCCUCUUCGUCACCAUCUCCAUCGCCACCUGCCGCUGGAAGAUGAGCCGAACGCUGGGCCUGACCAUGUUUGCGCUCUACUUCGUCUUCCUCAUCCUCAGCGUCCUGCUGGAGGACCGCGUCCUCGUUUGUACCGUCUCCAUUUGAGCAGCGGUGAAGGGCGGCGCCUUUGCGCCACUUUGGGCGCCGCCAACGUUCUUCUGUUUUCCAGGACCUGUCAGUCAUUGAUGCUUCGGAGAGUCAUCACGUUUCUCCCCCUUAUCGUCCCUUAUUUAUUUAUUUAUUUGGCGCCAAUUAGCCCCUGAUGGUGCUGAUUUAUCACAAUGUUAGUGACACCUUUAUGUCAACAAAACGUAAGUUGACGUCGACUUCAGCGGCCCCUUUUUAAUAAUAAGAACACUGUGUGCUGGGACGUGAUGGGCUGCCGACAUAAACAAGGUGGACAAAGCCGGUUCCACUGUACUACAAUUCAUACAAGAACACAACUGGUCCAUAACCGUCACUGUGUGCGUCUUGUUCACACGUUGUAAUGCUAUUGCAUCCAAGGUGGUACUUCAAAGUACAAAUAUACAGUAUUCCCUUUGCCACUUUGCACUUUGAAUUUCACAGCUUCGUUUUAUGGCCAUUUUUCAAAAAAUGUAAAAUAAAUCAUGCUGUUACAUGGUUGAAUACGGCCUAUUAGUGCAAAAGGAUGCACAGUUAAGCAAAUUGUACGUAUCUUUUGCCUAAAUGAAGCAUUUUCAAGCAUAAAAAGUGCUAACUGAAGUAAAAUAUAAAUAUAAAGCAUUCAAAGACGUUAUAUGUAGUAUUCUACACUGGUCACUCGGUGUCAGCAAUGUUAGUGUAACCUUUGGGGAACAACAGGCUUUUAUGGCAGCUUUGAAUGAUCUCACCACAGGCACAAUAAUCCCUAACACUUAAAAUCAACUCUGAACCCCCAACGUCACUUCCUGUCCACCCCCCAUUCCGCUAAAGAACAUAUUUACUGCAACACACAGGCACACGUCUUAUUUAUGUCUUAAAUGGCUUAAAUCUAUAAAUAUGUCUACAAUAUUGGGUAAUACGCGUGUAGAGGUGACUAUAGGGGUGUUCUUUCAUAGCGUAUCUAGAAGGUUUCUAUGCUCUAACUAGGAAAAUAUUCCAUUUAUACUGUAAAUAAGGAAUCCGACUUUGCUUAUCACUUAUCAUGGUCCGGGGUGGAACCAGUUAACAGCAAUGAACGGGGGAUGAAUGUACUCCUUUUUAACUCCCAGCAGUACAUUCUGUGUGCAGCAAACAUUUCUUGUCUGAUCCCAGAAAGUAUUCCGUGCACGAGAUGCUACUUUUUGUUCAGGUUUGUGUGUGUAAUGAUGUGUCGAUGUAGUGGAGAGAAAUGAUUUGCAUUGGUGUUGUUGUGUAAAAAGUGCGAUGGUGUGUGGAUUUGGGAAAGCAAAAGUACCAUUUUUAUAACUGCUGUUUUCAUUUUAAAAUUCCAUUCUGUAAUAAAUUAUUUUUUCUAUCGGCUCUACAGACAAACUGUCUCUGUCAACCU